UUUAAUUCUAAUCUUACUCUUAUGAGCGCUGAAGUUGCUGCUGCCCCUGCUGUCCAGCAUCCCCAGGCUGUCAACACAUACUCUGUCUCUCCCCAGGCCGGUGUCACUUAUUCUACUCUUCCCCCGCAGGGAGUGACUAGUUACACUGUUGGUCAGAAUCCUACGUCUACCUCGUAUGUACCGCCUGAUAAUCAGCAAUUUGCUCCUCAAGUCUACAUGGAUCCUGAGAGCAUCAAGCACCAGAAGACGCAGAGUCUAUCUAUGCUUGACAGUCAAUUAGGUAUGGCGAAGGACUCGGCUAAGAAUGAGUUCGAGCAAGCUAAGCAGUCGAUCAACAUGAAGGCCAACUAUGAUUUACAAACUACCACAAGUGCCAUUGAGCAAUCUCGCGCUCAGGCUUUGUUUGCUCUGGAGCAACAGCAUCAGCAGCGACGAAUGGAGAUUGAGCAGAGAGCUCAAGAGCAGAGGAUGCAGAUUGAGGCCACUGCUAGUCAAUUGUGCAUGCAAGCUCAACAGCAGAAGCUUCAGAAGGAGAUGGCUGACAAGAUGGCUAAACUCCAGCAGCAACAGGCCGCCGAGCAGCAGAAGCAACAACAGGCUGCCCAGUCUGCUUCCUACGUUCCUGCUCAGACAACUUCAUACGUUCCCCAGUAUGUGACCUCUCAGACCGGCUCCUAUGUGCCCCCUCAGACGGUUCAGUACGUGACGUCUGCUCCUACCGCUGGUCAGCCGACAACCUAUUCAUCUGGAGCUCCUGGUACGACUUACUCAUAUGGUGGUGGUGGUGGUGGUUACCCAGGUACCUCCGCGGGAGUACCGUCUUUCGGUACUUACAACAUACAGCUCCCCCAGUACGGGCAACCUCAGGUUGUAAGCUCUACUCACGUGCAUCCAACUACUACCACUACCACUACGACUUCACACCAAGCUGCCACUGCUCAGGCUUAGUUUUGUAAUUGACUAAAGGGUUCCAAAGAACGCUUUCUGUGCAUCAUGUUUCAGAGAGGAAG